GGUCGGUCAACAAAGAAACGCACGGCCGAGUUCGUAGCAUAGAAAUCGCUUCACAAUGGGCGGCAAACAGAGCAAGAUUACCGAGCAGGACAAGGCGAUUCUGGACAUGAAGAUCCAGCGCGACAGGCUACACCAGUACCAGCGCCGCAUCACCGUCCUGACGAACAAGGAGACUGAAAUCGCCAAGCAGCUGCUCGCAAAGGGCGACAAAAAGCGCGCGCUGCUUGCGCUGCGGCGGAAGAAGUACCAAGAGUCGCUGCUGAGCAAGACGGAUGCGCAGCUGGAGCAGCUGGAGAAGCUCACGGCCAGCGUGGAGUUUGCGCAAAUCCAAAAGGACGUCGUAUUUGGCCUGCAGCAGGGAACAAAAGUGCUUUCGGAGAUUCACGCGGAGAUGGGGGGCAUUGAGCACGUGGAGAAGUUGAUGGAGGAGAAUGCGGAGGCGAUUGCAUAUCAAAAUGAAAUUAGCGAAAUGCUCGGCACUCGUAUCACGGCGCAAGACGAAGAAGAAGUCGAAGACGAGCUGGCCGCGCUAGAAGCGGAGAUGUCUGGCGUCAACCAGAAACUUCCUACAGUCCCGAAUGCACAGCUUCCUGUUUCGGAGAGGCCGACGGAGCAAAAGCAGGCGCAGGAGAGCAGACCGGAGAGACAGGCGAUGCUGGCGUCUUGAUUUGAUCUAGAUGAGAUGAGAUUUUGCUAUGUCUGGUAUUGGAGCAUGGUGAUUAUUUAGACAAUUUGGGCGAGGUGGUUAUAUGCUUGAUGAUAGAUGGCAACCAUGACACCAUAGCGAGCACGGGGAAGGCGUUUUGAUGUUUCUUUUCUUUCUUUCUUCUCAUCUCUCUUUGUACACUGGUACAUAUACUCGUUGCUUUACUUAUCAUUUUUCUCUGUUAUAUAUGGAUGGGUCUCUUUAACGGAGGAUUUAUACACUUUAUACCUUUAGCUACCGUACUUGGAUAUGAGCUUCUUCAUGAUUGACAUGGCC